AUGAGUAACGGAAACUUUAGCGAUUUUAUAGAAAGCUUGAAGUCAGCUAGUAAUACUGAUUCUAGCACUCUUGAGAAAAAGCCUAAAGGUAAAAGGAAAAAUCAAUCAACUCGUACCGGGUCUGAAUCUGAUAUGAUUCAAGCUCAAACUAAUUUUGGUAAUAACAAUAGUAAUAGUAUAGAUAGUCAUUCUACCAAAAAAAUGAAACUAGCAUCUUCUACCAAUGAUACCAUUGGUUCUUUCAAUUCUGAACCUACUAAUAAUGACCCAUUAUCUUCGUUUGGUUACGUUGUUGCUUCUAAAUUAGAAUAUGCUGCAAGAGUACUUCAAAGACAAAUUAAACUUAUUAUCGAUGAGGCUCCUGAUAUCUACCAAUUAAGUGAAUUGAAUGAGUGUUCAAAUAUAGAUCAAAAUACUAGGCUUUCAAUUCAACAAAAUCAUUUAAUUCAAUUAGCUGCAAAAUUGAAAACUUCUUAUAAAGAUGGGAAAAUUCCGAUAUUUGAUCAAAUCCUAAAUGAAUCAGUUGAAAUUGAUACUUCAAGAAAAAAUCUGGUCUCAAGUUCUAGUUCGAGUCCGGACUCUAACUCUAGACCUGUGUCUGCUUCUGUAUCAUCUUCUACUACUUCUUCUUCCUCGGGAAGUGAUGAUGAUGAUUCUCCAGUAUCGUCAGCUGUUUCGCCUCCAGUUAGUCAACCUUCCUCAUUUCCUUCUCUCCCCAUCAUUAAAAGUCCUCUUUUAUACGGAAGAGUCUUCAUCCAUAAAUCAACAGUUAAUAAUAAAUCAUAUCUCAAUCAAUCGGAGGUUAUAAAUUCUCAUAAUGAACGAUUAGAAUUCUUGGGUGAUUCGGUAUUGAAUAAUUUGGUUACUUUAAUCAUUUAUGAUAGAUUUCCUGAUGCUUCGGAAGGUGACAUGUCUAAAAUUAGAUCUUCUCUCGUUAAUAAUGCUGUAUUAACAGAGUUUUCAAUCAUGUAUGGUUUUGAUAAAAAAUUGAAAAGUAAUAUUCACGAUCAAUUCCUCAGACAAGGAAGACUUAAGAUUUUUGCUGAUAUUUUUGAAGCUUAUAUUGGUGCUUUAACUAUUGAACACGGAUUCGAAUUAAGUGAGAUUAAGGAUUGGUUAAUAAAAUUAAUGGAUUCCAAAUUACGCAAAUUUGAUCGUCAAUUGAAAAAAGUCGAGCAAAUUAAUAAAGAUGCAAAAUCCGAAUUAUAUUCUUUGAUUGGUACCGCAGCUUCUCAUCCUCAAUAUUCUGUUAUUCAAACUGGUGACGGUGCCCUCAAACCUUUCGUAAUACGAUGUACCAUGGCUGAUGAUAUUUUGGGUGAAGGUGUUGCUCCCGGUCUAAAAGAAGCCGGAUUAAGAGCUGCAAUGAAAGCAUUAAAGAAUAAAAAACUCUUAGAAAAAUAUAUUCAAAUAAGAUUAAAUACUGAUCGUGCUCAAUCAGUUAUUAAAAGUUCAGAUCCUGCUGCCCCUUCUUUACAAAAUGAUAAACCCAUCUCAUCCGAUAUUCCUCCUGUUAACAAUUCCAAUUCCGAAAUCAAAUCAACUUUUUUCCCCAUAAUAAAUAAGGACCAGGAUGAAUUUAAAUCAAAUGCAAAGAACGAGUUAUAUGCUUUAUUAGGUCACCGCAUUAGAAGUACCCCUAAGUAUUCUACUAAGCCUGACGAAGAACAUGGUUUCAGAUCAGAGUUAUCAAUUGAUAAUUUCAUUGUUGCGAUUGGUUAUGAUAAAUCUAAGAAAAAGGCUGCAACAAAAGCUGCCAUGGCUUUCAUAAAUGAAAGAAAAGCUAUUGAUGAGCUCAUCAAAGUUUUCCAUUCAAAAGUAAAUAGUUAA